UUGGUUUUAACAUGGUGUAUUGUGUCUACUACACAAGACAUAUUCCGCAAAUUUAUACAAUUUAGCUGUUGCUACAGACUAGGCAAGUCAUAUUCGUUGUAUCAAGUAAAAAAUUUAAAGUUAUCAACGAUUUACCACGGAAAAACAUUUUAUUGUAGUGAUUUUAUUCGCGUUGGUCGUAACAUGCAUACAAAAAUACUACUACACAACGCAUAUUUAAUACAUUUAGACAUUUUAGUUAUUACUAAAGACUAAGCACUAGGCAGGCCACAUUCGUUUUUUCAUGUAAAAAUCUUAAAAAGCUAAACGAUUAAUUAUGAAAAAACGUUUUACCAUGAAGGUAUUAUUUACGUUAGUGGUAACAUGCAUACAAAAAUGUACAAGCGAUGACAAGAUGGAUGAGAUCAAUCAUCUUUGGCAAGCACGACAUUGGGAUGAGAUGAAGUGGUUCAAUAAGAUAUUAAGAGCGCCCGUCAAUAGGAACACCUUUAAGGACUUGGAACUGAAAAAUGAAUUAUGGACCUAUCCUGUCCACUCAUUAGUCUCUAAGUUGAAAAUAAUUCCUUUAUUAAUGGAAUGCGGUUACGGAAAAAAAUUGAUUGACUUUCUCUGGAUAUCGGCCUACACAGUAACCGAGUGCAAAGAUUUGUCAGAAGAUGAUGAAGAUUGCGCUAGAGAUUGUUGGCAAAAACUCGACGACAGACUCAAAAAAGCCAAGCUCCUACGCGAAAGGCGGUCUCACGGCAUUGGGGGCUGCACAUUUUUACGAAGAUAUCAAAAAUGUUGCCACGUACUUGGCGAACAUUUGGAACGAAACCUGUCAACCAGCAUACUCCAUCGUCAGUCAAGAGCAACUACAGACUCAAUAUGAACUUCAACCUCGCAUCGGAGGCCAAGUUGCAAUACCGAACCUCUACGAUUUUUAUGUAGACCGAUUGCAUUCUUCCAUGGAUUUCAUAACAAACCAUAUGCGCAAUAUUGGUUUUCAAUACGAGCCGAACACGAAAAAGGUUACUUUUUCUAUACCCGUCGGAAGUUCAUCCAGUCCUAUUGACCUAACCUAACCAGUGAAUUAAGUAAAACGGAAAACCAUUUUUUUUUAUACAUAUAUUAUAAGGUAAUAUGACAAUAAAAAUUCAAUAAAAUGUCAAAAUUGAAAAAUAAUCUAUUUUUUGUU